AUGUCAUCUGUUUGGGCACCUAUUGAUGGAAAAACAUUGUCUAAUUCAAAUGUUAAAAAUGAAAAUGGAGAUGAUGAAGAAAAUAGUAGUCUUUCACAUGCAAGUGGUACAACAUCAUCUUCAAUAAAUAGUCGAACGUCGCCAAGAAAUUCUUCACUACAAAAUGAACAACAACAGCAAGUAACAAUUCAUUCGGAACAACCGUCAUCGACAACACCAACAACAGUAACAAAUAUAAAUACUGUUUCUUCAAAUGAUUUACAACAAGAACAGUAUUCAUCAACAAAUGAAUCGUCUUCCUUUAAUAAUCAAUUUCAGCAACAGGGUCAAUUAUCUUAUGCUGAUUCAGUAGCAUAUUAUGGAGAUGAGCUAGUUAAUGGAGUUGACCAUCUUCAACAACAUCAUCAUUCACAAAACUAUUCUCAUUUACAACAACAACUUUAUUCUCCUCCAACACCAAGUAAUCAUCUUCAACAACAACAACAACAACAGCAGCAACAACAACAACAAUCGAUUUCACCACCUCGUUUUACAUUACAUCAUACUUCACAAUCCCAAUCUGAAUAUCGUCAUUCAUCUUUCGAUGAUGUAAAUCGAUAUGUAGCAAGUACAAGUACACGUCGUACAUCGACAUCACCAAAUAGUACUGUCUAUGAUAAUGGUGUUAAUCAAGGAUGGACAUCAACUGAACCUCAACAUUAUUAUGGUUUACCAACAGCAUAUGCACCAUCAUCAGCAACAAAUUUAAAUGAUUUAUCAUUUCUUCAACAAUCACAAUUAACUAAUAAUACUGAUCAAAUACCAUUUUGGAGUGAUAAUUCUACUGUUGGUUCAUAUAUUCAAUGUAUAGAUGGAUAUUAUGAUACAACUGAUGGUCGAGAAUGUGUUAAUUGUGGAGCUAUAUCAACACCAUUAUGGCGUCGUGAUGGUACAGGUCAUUAUUUGUGCAAUGCUUGUGGUUUAUUUCAUAAAAUAAAUGGAUCAAAUCGACCAUUACAACGAUUACCAAGACGUCUGGAAGAUGAAGAUCGUCCUCGAACGUCAGUUAUUGAAGCUAGUCUUCCAGUAACCGAUUCAGUUUGUUUACCAAAUGUAUCAUCAUUAACAAAUCCAUAUUCUCAUCAUCAUUCUAUUCAUCAAAACCAAACUUACCAUCAAUCAACAACACAAUCAUCACGUCGAAAUAAUUCAUCGAAAGCUUUAUCUUCACUUGCACUUGGAAAUUCUGAUUUACAUUAUUCACCUUAUGCAACAAUGAAAUCAAAUACAAAUAAUGGUAAUGAUACAAAUAAUUCUCAAUCACAAUUGCCAUCAUUUCAUCGAACACAAUCUGAUGAAACUGCUUCGUCAGCUAACAAUUCAUUAGUUAAUGCAGCUCAUAAACCAGUAUUAUCAGGUGCACGUCGUUCUGGUUUACAGUGUGCUAAUUGUCAAACACAAAAUACAACAUUAUGGAGACGGAAUAGUGAAGGUGAACCUGUUUGUAAUGCAUGUGGUUUAUAUUAUAAAUUACAUCAAAUUGCUCGUCCAAUGAAUAUGGUGAAACCUGGUAUUCAAACUCGUCGACGAAAACAAAAAAAUAAUAAUGGAAAUGGGUCCGGUGCUAAUUCAAAUUCAAAAUCUAAACAUAAUAAACAUAUAACAUCAACAACAUCAGGUACAGAACCUGCACCAUGUGCAUCUGAACCAUCACUCGAUUAUGGUUUAUCAGCAACACAUAUUGGAAGACAAGGAAAUUAUCAUCAUGAAUAUAAUUCAGGACGAAAUGACUUAUUUCCUCAACAUCAUCAUUCUCAUUUAAGUCAUCAUCGACAUCAUCCAUAUGCAACGCCACUUGAACAACAUCAUCGUUUUUCAUCUCACCAACCGACUGUUGUUCAAUAUCAUCAACAACAACAACAGCAACAGCAACAAUCCGAUAUGACACCUGUUGUUUUUGAUGCUGAACUAUGUGCUAGAGAAAUUGUAGCAUCACCACUUUCAUCUACAGGUUCAUCAAUAACAAAUAAUGUUGCUAAUGGUGAUGAACAUCAUUCCACUGUAGUACCAAUAAUAACAACUACAACUGCUACUACUGACUCCCAACCGUGA